GCUCAAUGGCCAAUGGCUUAUCUUCCGUCCGUGUAGAUUGUCAAAUUGAAUGAAUGUUGCUGUGUUUGUCAAAAGCAGUGGUUUAUGUGGGGCGUGUGUUUGUAAUUUUUUAAAUAAAACGAUAAUUGUGUAGUUUUUUGACUAUUCAUAUUAUUUAUAGAGUUAUUGUUAAUCACUUGUCAUUGCCAAAUUUUAUAAAAAAUUGUGGCUGCGUUGGAUUUAAUAGUUAUUCGGCACAAGUCUCAAGGAUGCUAAGGGGAAGAGUGAAACAUUUACUGCACUGCACCUUUUUCAUAUCAUUUAUAUUCCUUUUUCUUGUAUUUGCUGGAGCAAUAAAUUUAGAUGAUAAAGAAAAAGAAACAAUUGAUCCCUGGGAGAGAUAUGGAAUAUAUGGCACAAUAAUUUUAUAUGUAUUAAGGCUAUUUACUCUACUAACAAUACCUCAAGUCCUGUGCAAUUUUUCAGGAUUAACACUAUUCAAUGCCUUCCCAGGAAAUGUGAAACUAAAGGGUUCACCUUUGCUAGCACCUUUUAUAUGUAUCAGAAUUGUGACUAGAGGGGACUUUCCAAAAUUAGUAAGAGAUAAUGUAACCAGAAACAUGAACACAUGUAUUGAUGUGGGUAUGGAAAAUUUUAUGAUUGAAGUUGUGACUGACAAAGCAAUUAAUUUACCAAAGCACAGGAGAGUAAGAGAAGUGGUUGUGCCAGCUGAAUAUAAGACUAAAUCAGGUGCUUUAUUUAAAUCAAGAGCAUUGCAGUAUUGCUUGGAGGAUAGUGUCAAUAUCCUUGCUGAAAAUGAUUGGAUUGUGCAUUUAGAUGAAGAAACAUUGCUCACUGAUAACUGUGUGAAGGGUAUACUAAACUUUGUGUUGGAUGGCCAGCAUCAGUUUGGUCAGGGACUUAUCACAUAUGCCAAUGAACAUAUUGUUAAUUGGCUUACAACACUAGCUGAUAGCUUUCGAGUAGCAGAUGAUAUGGGAAAACUGAGACUGCAAUUUUAUUUGUUUCAUAAACCACUAUUCAGUUGGAAAGGAUCCUAUGUUGUGACACAAGUUAGUGCAGAAAAAAAGGUGUCCUUUGAUAAUGGCCUGGAUGGAUCAGUUGCAGAGGACUGUUAUUUUGCAAUGAAAGCCUAUAAAGAAGGAUACUCUUUUAACUUUGUGGAAGGAGAGAUGUGGGAAAAAUCACCAUUCUCACUUUGGGAUUUUAUGCAACAAAGGAAAAGAUGGAUCCAAGGAAUACUUUUAGUGGUUCAUUCAAAAGAAAUACCAUUAUUACACAAGAUCUUCCUAGCAGUUUCAUGUUACUCAUGGGUGACACUGCCAUUAUCUACAAGCAAUGUUUUCUUAGCUGCUGUGUGUCCCAUACCGUGUCCACAGUCUUUAGACAUAAUUUGUGGAUUUAUUGGUGCUGUCAAUAUUUACAUGUACAUCUUUGGUGUCAUGAAAUCAUUCCCUAUUCAUAGAUUUGGUCCAGUAAAAUUCUUUUUACUUAUUGGUGGGGCUUUGGCUACCAUUCCAAUUAAUAUAAUUAUUGAAAAUAUUGCUGUGAUUUGGGGAGUGUUGGGGAAAAAGCACAAAUUUUAUAUAGUUAACAAGGAAAUCAAAAUACCAGUGACUGUAUGAUUACUCACUACAUUAUUCCAUAUUAUUUAAAAGUUUCACUGAUGUAUAAUGGUAAGUGCACAAUAUACUUAAAGGACUAAUCUUGCACUUGAAAGUGUGAUUCAUUCAACACAACAGUGAAUCAUGUUGUGAUUGUUUUCACAAAGGUAAAAUGGUACCAAAAUGUUAUCAGUGUGUAUGUUUGUUACCAAAAUAUCGGAAUUUGAAAUGUUUUGAUUAUUUUCAAUCAAAACUUGUUCAAUAUAAUAUAGUAAGCACAAUAUUGAUAGUUAAAUGUAAAAGUAAACAAUGAUAGCUUUGCUUUUAUAUCUAUUAUCUACAGAUAUUUUAUUUUUGGAUACCUUGUUAUUUCAUACUGAACAAUUAUUAUAUUUUAUUUGUAUUAAAAUAUUGUACAUGUCUACAAUAAGUCACACUAUAAAUUAUUAUCAAAGGAUUUUGUUUGGUUUGCGCUUUGCAAGAAUGCGGAAUAUUGUUGUGUUACUGUUGCUGUGGUACUUAUUAAAUUAUUUUGCAUUUUUGUAUAAUUAUAAACAACAGAUAGAUAGGUGUAUAAAACAUUCAGUAUUCAGUAAGUAGUUAAUAACUUCCUAUCUAAAAUAUUUAAGUGACUGCUUUGGAUUGUUUUGUUGUACCUACUGCUUAAGUGCUUGUUUUAUCAGUAUGCCCUCCAUAAUAUUACUUCAGACUAUACAGAUAAAACAUUCAUGUUUACAAUCAAUUACAAAAUUAUAUUUUAUGGCGAGAUUCCACCAAAAUUGUUGUCGGCGCGAGCACAUUGCUGGCAUGAGUGUAUGCGCCUACAGCUUACAGUUUCGCGGACAUUUUAAUAAUAUUCGCGCGCUAUUUGUUACUGUCUGCUAGAGCGAGUAGACCAGAAAAAAUAUUUCUGUGCGUCACAAUGCCAUAUACCUACCAGUGGAAUCUCGCCUUGAGAACUACUAAUCUUUUCUAAAGCUUCGUUCACACGAUCGAAUAUACGUUAACACUCGAAUAUCACUGUUUGGAUAGAAUCUAAAUAUUUCAGUUUGGAUGUGUGCGCCUGCCUUAUAAACAAUUAGUUGCUCUGUUAAUUGUAAGAAGAAAUUGAAUUUUACAUAUGUUAGCAGCUAAUACAUCAUUAUGUGAUAUUAAAUUCCUUACAGUAAAUUCUAUUAUUACAGGCGUUAGUUAUUCAAAUUACAUGUUUAGUUAAAAUGUUUGGAAAUUACGUCCCUAGAUUUAUUUAUCUGUGAACCUUAUUAUAAACAGUGGUUUUAUACAUAUUGUAUAGAACUUCUUGUUAAAAACUUAUGUUCCGAUUGAAACUAUUAUAACUAGGUGUACUUAACCAACAUUACUCAAGUAGUUUAAUAGACAUUUUAUAAUUUAUAGGGCCAGUCCUUGAUCUUGUUGCAUUUUUUGCAGUUAAUUCACAUAACAAUGAUUAAAACUUAAGGUAUAAAAAUAUUUGAGCAUAGGCUUUUCUUUUUAAAAUUAUAUGUAUCUUUUUGUGAAAGACUGAUUUCCAAGUCUAUAUACAUAUUAACUGUUUCUUUUGAGAACUUUUACAGUAAGAUGUUUCAUUUUCUUGAUGUUAAAAAUAUAUGUUUCUAGAAAAGUUCAAUUCUCAAGUAAAUAUUAAUUAAAUUAUAAAUAACAAUAAUAGGUUACACAGUAUUCAGUCCAAUAAAUCUUAAGUUAUGUGUCACUAAAAUUUGUAAUGAUUAUAAUUGCUUAAAACCACAUCUGACUAGUCAUGUAAAUAUUUAUGAAUUAAUAGCUAGUUGUAAUGUGUUGUAGUGUAGAUGAUUAAGUAAUUAACAGUGUUAAUUGGGGUCUGGAUCUACUUAGUUUCUUAUAGGACAAAGGUCAGGUAAAACAAUGUUCAACCUUUUGUGAUGACCUGAGUAUUCAAUUACACUUUAAACCGUCGUUAAUUAUCCUAUUAGUUCAGGGCAAAAGACAUUAUUUAUGUGCCGUGAUGGCCAUGUUAAUACUUGAGUCAAUUGUUAUUUAAUUUAGAUAUUAUAUUGGCGAUUUAAAAUUGUUAUAUUAUCUAGCCGAAUUGAAGCGAUCCAUUGAUCUAACGUUUAAAAAGUCACAAGUGAUUAUGUCCUAAUUUACUUCUGUAUCCGUGUAUUACUAGUGUGAAAUGUUUUUAUGUUGUCUGUUUGAUUGGCUGUUGAAUGAUGUAUGUUUACAAACCAAAAGCAAAUUGUUUUUUUUAGGCUAAAUCCCACUUUGUACAUAAAACACUUAGUAUCUAGAUACGUAAAAUAAAUUCAAGCAUGCAGAUGUUUUGUAAUUCA